UUUCAAGAUGUCGUCGCUCGAACAGAGGUUGUCGCGAAUCGAAGAGAAGCUAAAGCUUGAAAAUGAAGAAGCUCGCCGGAAAAUUGACAUCAAAAUCGACAUGAGUCCGCAGCGGUCACGGCCGAGGCCAAUCAUCGUGAUCCAGCUCAGUCCUGCUCCAGCCCCCUCCCAGCGUGCAGGUAUCAUUCAAUCCAUCGCUCCUCAUGCCACUGCACCUCCUAACAUCUCUGUGCCCUGGUUUAUUCUUCCUCUCUCCUUCUUCUUCUUCUUCUCUACUUCAGAUGGGCAGUGUUGUGUGGAAAUUGACCAGAAGCUGCAGGAGAUCAUGAGGCAGACGGGUUAUCUGAAGAUUGAUGGUCAGCAAAUGCGUCGUACCGGAAACAAGGAUGAAAACAAGCGUAUCCUCAUGGACCUGGAUGUGGUGCUGAAAAGUCACGACUGUCCUUACAUCAUUCAGUGCUACGGCGCCAUAGUCACCAACACGGAUGUGUUCAUCGCCAUGGAGCUGAUGGGAACGUGUGCAGAGAAGCUGAAGAAGAGGAUCCAGGGCCCCAUCCCAGAGCGAAUCCUGGGGAAGAUGACAGUCGCAAUAGUGAAAGCCUUGCUGUACCUGAAAGAGAAACACGGCGUCAUCCACCGCGACGUCAAACCUUCAAACAUCCUCAUCGACGCUAAAGGUCAGAUCAAGCUGUGCGACUUUGGCAUCAGCGGCCGCCUGGUGGAUUCAAAGGCAAAGACUCGCAGUGCUGGCUGUGCUGCCUACAUGGCGCCUGAGAGAAUAGACCCUCCAGAUCCCACCAAACCUGAUUAUGACAUCCGAGCAGACGUGUGGAGUCUGGGCAUUUCUCUGGUGGAAUUGGCCACAGGACAGUUUCCCUACAAGAACUGCAAGACAGACUUUGAGGUUCUGACCAAAGUGCUGCAGGAAGAUCCUCCUGUUCUUCCUCUCAGCAUGGGAUUCUCUCUCGACUUUCAGUCCUUUGUCAAAGACUGCCUCACAAAGGACCACAGAAAACGGCCAAAAUACCACCAGCUGCUGGAGCACAGUUUCAUCCGGCGCUACGAAGUGCUGGAGGUGGACGUGGCGGGCUGGUUUCAGACGGUGAUGGAGCGAACGGAGUCGCCGCGCAGCAGCCAGUGUUACAGCCAUCAACACAUGCUCCAUUCACUCCUCAGCAGGUAGCCUAGCCUCGGCCGCCCCGGUCUCAGCCGGGCCGAGCGCCGGACUAGACUAGCCGCUUCACGCAGGCUCGGCCCGCUCUAGUCUAGCUGCUCACAGCUACGCCCGGCUCCAGACCGGACCCGCCCGUCCGCCGGGGAACCCGACGAGCCCAUAGAAAAAGCAAAGACUCAGCAGAGGACUCUAGAGGGACAGAUGGAGCGAUGGACAGCGAUGUGCUAAUGGAUGGAUUGACGGUCAUUUUAUUAUUGAGUAAUGUGUAGAGUUUGGAUUAGCAGGAGAGGAAACGCACGCUAGCUAGCUUCACUCAGACCGCACCACACCGACCAUCUCCCGUGUGUUUCCACAUUUCCUCCACAUUUAGCUCUUUUGUUUUCUGAUUGUCGGUGGAUCGAUCAGCAGAGUAGUCACUACACACUGGAAAAAGACGUUUGCUAGGUUAGUGAAAUCCUUUUCACACACAGACUGCAAGGAGAGCAAAAUGAGAAAUCUUCAGGUGUUUCUACUGUCAUUCAUUCUCAGGCUCUACUUUAGUCUAAAUAAUGUUUGUCUCUAUUUAGUGAACAAAUAUCAGCUUUUAUAACCAUGUUUUCAUCCUCCAUCACUGCAGCUCUAACCCCCAUCAUCUAUAUUUUCAUCUAUAUACGGAUUCUAGACUUUCUAACUUUCUAUUCAAUAUAUAAUUACGCUAGAUGUUUUUUUUUAUUGCAUAUUUGGGAAAAACAAAAAGUUUUAAAAAAAAAUUAGUGUUGCAUUGUAGCUUUUUAGACAUAUUUGUCUUUGGUUUUUGCAACACGUUUAUCAGAAUGUUCUUUAGAGAAGGAUGAGGGCGGUUGGAUUCUGGGAAGUUUGUUUAGGAAUAUAAGAGAGAAGGCAAACAGGAGAGAUGGAGAUAAAACGGACGGUAAGGCAGGGAGCGCGGAUUAUAUCUUCUUCCAAACAUCAGCCUGUUCGUCUACCUCUUCCCCUUUUUGUUCAGUCUGCCUCAGCUGUUGAGCAAGGCGUAGAUUUAUCAGACCAAAGGCUGCGUGCAGUUUGAUGACGGGAGCGUAGGAGACGGUGCAGCAAGUUUUAGGUGUUAGGAAUUAAACCAGUAAGUUGUCUUUAUAGAGCCGCUGGGAGGGAAUGUCAAUCUAGGAAUCUGGUUUCCAGCCAAAGUCCCAAUUCUGCAAUAUCAUGUCCAAAAAAAAAAGAGUGAUAUUUGAACCUUUUUCAAAAGAGAAUCUGAGCCGUUAGCAAAAUAUUUCUUUUAAUGUGCUAGGAUGUUAGUCAUGUAUUCCACUUUGUAAUCUAAUGCAAGGGAUGUUGUAAAAAUUAUAUUUAUAUAUACUAUAAAAAAAAAGCAUAUUUAACUCUUUAUCGUUGACAGGACACAGUUUGCGAUAUCAAAAAAGCACCACGGCACAAAAAACAAAAAAAAUCACAUGA